CAAUGCGACUUGUCAUAAUAAUAUUUUAUAUUCGUGUUUUACACCUAUUAUGUUUAAAUUUGUAGAGUUUUACUAAAAUCAAUGCAUUUCGUAUCAUACGGGGGACCUUUAUUGGCCACCAAUGUCGCACUACGUGAAAAUCCACUACGGGCCUUACGAGGCGUUUCAUACUACGUCGCACAAACCUGCUAAAAUUGUUGGAGUCAGAGAUAAGCUCCGGCGGCUGGGCUAUCGAGUCGACAUCAACCCUGUGGAGUUCAUUGACUACUGCGUCUUUGAGAUCAUGGGGUACCAGGUGUUCCGCUGCAACAUCCGCAACCUCCUCCUAAACAUGGAGUGCGACUCGGACCCUGUUGCCUCGCGCGCCGUGCAGGCUUGCCUCGCCGCCUCUGACGAGCUCCAACACGCCCGCCAUCGCUUCUGGGUGGCCCGCCUUCUCAACGAGGACGUGUUCAAGCGGACCGCCGACCCGGACCAGUGGCCGUUCGACCUCAACCUCAAGCCCUACGCCACCUGUGUGGACUGCGCCGGCUGCUGCGGGAUACUGACUAGAAAGAAAAGUGACGUCGAAAUCGUAAAACCGUUAAUUUAUAAUGACAUUAAGCAGAACUUGCUAUACGAUUUGAGCAAUAGGGAUCGAUAAAUUGUGAUGAAAUUCAUGUGUGUAUUUUUUUUCAAGGUUUUUUAGGUUCAGGAAAAAAUUAUGAAUUCAUACAGACUUAAUCUUCCCCAAGAAUGACUUUGCUGAAAGAUGAAAACUGUAUUAAAUCCGUUCCGUAGUUUUAGAGUUUAUCGCGAAGAAUACAGAGAAAUUCUUUACGAGCUCGGCGUCACUUCUGGAUAGCCCGUCUCCUUAAUGAGGACGUGUUCAAGCGAACCGCUGACCCGGACCAGCGGCCGUUCGACCUCAACCUCACGCCCUACGCCACCUGUGUGGCCUGCGUCGGCUGCUGCGGGAUACUGACUAGAAAGAAAAGUGACGUCGAA